UCUAGGUACCAGGCUUUCAUACCAUUGAUUUAGCGGCAAGACUUCUAUUACUUAAAAUAAUAUUGGUUACCACUACAAAAUAUUGGAAUAGCGGCUGCAGGUAAAAUCAAAUCAGAAAAGCUUUUUUAAGCUAACUCAUCUAGAACAAGAGAAAGAAGAGCCUUAGCAGCGGCUUAGCAACAGCCGCGAGAGGACUGUAUUAUACAGGGGUUUUAUGACAGAAUUCGGAAAUGCUCGUAUAACCCUGCCUUGUGUUCGAAAACAAGAUAUAAAGACAUGGUUGUCUAAGAUGAUGCUACCCUAACGAAAGAAGAGAACGGUAUUGGCUUAAAAAUUAGACGAGGUAUAUUUCGAUCACUACAGUUCAGACGUACUUUCAACACCUUCAGGUUAAGUAAAUCUCUGUAGCAAUGAACUACUUGAAAGUUCUUCUUGUUUAUAAUCGAUCGUGAAGUUCGAAAAUCGUGAAGUUCGAAAAAGUGAAUUCUUUGAAGGAAUGUGUAAAAAUCAUUUUACUUUUAAAGGUAAGACCAAAUGCUAUAAAUUUUUGCUUUUUCUAUAUGGGUCUGUGGUUUAAUAGGAUCUGAAUACGUAGACGAAGCGGCUAACUCUACUCGAGAGCCGAAUACUCCAUUCGGCAAGAGAAACGACCGCUAAACGCGUCACUACGCACUCGCUUGAAACAAUCAAGAGGCAUCAUUACAAAUGAGCAAUACGGUCAAUACCUUUUAACUAUGUAGAAUAUGUGCACACAUUCUUCAUUCAGGAUGAACCUUUAACCAUGCAAAGCUACAUAAAGGCGACGGGCAGAUUAGCGGAAUUCCAUGUUCAGAAAACGCUCAGUGUACUAAAAAACGACGGAAAAUAACAUGUCUAGGAGUCGGCGCACAUAAAAAUCGGAUCUUUGACUACAUUAUUUACAUUACCGCGUGACCAGCUCCCGUUAGAAACUAAGACACUGUAAAUGCGAUGGCGGGUUUGGAGGAGGUAGACAUACCAGGACGUGAGUAUCUAAAAGAGACGCUCACCAACUGCGCCGACCCUUUAACGGCAAUCGCGGAAUUCCAGGAAGAAAAUGGAAUUUUACUUCCUUCGUUGCGCACUAUGCUUCCAUUGCUCGACCUCCAUGGAGUUUCAAGAUUGGAGUUCCAUGAUGCCGUUCAGGAGGCACUCAGAGAGCGCCUUCUUCAGCAAAUCGAUUUCCUCGGCAAGGCUGGAAACACAGUGAAGUUGGAGGAGCUACUUCAGAAAAGUUUUCCUGUUGUAAAAGUCGACGCAUUACGACCCGUUGUUAUGGCUAUCUUAAAAAAUCUAGAGCAUGUUGAUGAACGUUACCUUAGGAGAUUGGUAGCUGACAAACAGCUUUAUCAGGAAGCGGAUGUCGGUGUUAAACGACAAAUUUGGCUUUCGCAUCAAAGCCUAUUUGGCGAUGAAGUGCUACCACUUUUUCAAAGAUACAUGAAGGAGCGCGAGGCUGCUCUUUGGGAAAUGGGCGAAGCAGGAGCAUCUUUCUACGCGCCAACUCCAAGGCAACGGCGACAGCAUCCUAUUGUUCAACAGCUUGUGACAAUGGUGGGUCGGAACGUAGUGCUCUACGAUAUGGUCUUACAAUCUCUACGGACACUUUUUGUGCGAACAAAAAAUGUGCAUUACUGUACACUGCGAGUGGAAUUACUCAUGGCCCUGCAUGACGCUGAUGUUCAAGAUAUCACUCAAAUUGAUAGCUGUCACAAGUUCGCUUGGUGUUUGGACGCAUGUGUUCGUGAAAGAAAUAUUGAUGCGAAAAGAUCCCGCGAGUUACAGGGAUUCCUCGAUGGCGUCAAACCGGGAAGCGAACAAGUAUUGGGUGAUAUUGCGAUGAGUUUGGCCGAUCCUCAUGCUACAAACUUCCUCGUCAGUUCAGCUCUCAAAAUCAUCCAUCUUCUAAUCAACAACGAGAGUUUACCAAGGGACCACACAGUACUGUUACUCUUAAUGAGGAUGUUGUCAUUAGGGCUCGACGCCUGGAGAAUCAUGACAGAUCAGGAGUUUAAAGAGCCAAAGCUUGACCCGCAGGUGGUAACCAAGUUUCUUCCAUCAAUGAUGUCCUUGAUGGUCGAUGACCUAGUGAGACAGUUAAAUUCACGUCUCCCCCAAGACGAUCGCGAAACAGCCAUUACAACAAUUGAACAUUCUGGACCUCCGCCUGAUGCGUACCAGGCUUAUAUAAACGAAAGUGGAGUGGCGUGCAUACUUGCGUGUUAUUAUACACUGCAUACUGUUCGAACACGCGACAGAACGGGACUGAUGCGAGUUCUUGGAGUGCUCUCCGGCGAGGGACCUGCCUACUCGGACGUUUUUUUGCACACACUUGUUGGCCACCUGGUGUGUCAUCUGGCUGAGGAGUUUGCUCAUGAGGACUUCUGCACAGUGAUUUUCGACGAGUUUUUUCUCACGGCUUUAGCGCGCGAAAACGUCCUAAGGCAUCUGCUUCGGCUCGUAUGGCACUCGUUUCAUAAGCUGGCUGCCAGCAGGCUGGACAUGCUCAUGAAGGCCCUUCAAACAAUGUGUACGGGAAAUCAUAAUUUGACACCGUCGUUUGAGCAAUUGAAAGAACGUAUAUCUACUCAGCAAACCUCGAUGUCAGCAAGAGUCCCACAACCAACUGAUUCCCCCGUAUUUCAAGUACCUUGUACUCCUCAUCAUAGCUACUAAAAUUGAAAUAAGAAAAGUUGACAUUGUCUCCUAGAUAGCAAAAGGUUCAUAUGUACACCAAAAUAUUGAUUUUGCGCAACGGUUUUUUCAUUGCAAUUUUUGGCUGUUUGUUCGGUAAGACUGUUAUAUAUAUAUAUAACAGUCUGACUGAAUAUAUAUAUAUAUAUAUAUAUAUAUAUAUAUAUAUAUAUACAAUAGGUUCCUUAUAACGGUUAGGAUUUUAGAACCGAUAAAACAAUCGUGCUACAUUUGCAUAUUGUUCCACUAUUGCUCGAUCGCUUCAUGAAUCAAGACUUAGUACAACAUUUUUCUCUAGCUCAACCGUGUCAAACAUUGCCGUUUUCAAACCUGGAGCAUUCUUAUUAAUACCAUGUAUUGAAAAUAACCUUAGCUGC